AAGAAGAUCUACCAACAGCAAUAUCCACCCGAAUACAAAAUAUAUUUAACAGACUACCACUUGCAAACAAUCAGUUACCAGAAUCACAAAGAAAUAAUAUUGACAACUGGCCACUAGAUUUAACAAUAAACCCGACUGAUAAUAAAAAACUAGGCGCAACUCUUAAAGCUAUCGAAUCAACACUAAUAAUAUUAUCACAUAUUACACGAAGUCAAACUACUUAUAAUAAAUUUGAAAAAGAAGGAUUAAUACCUUUUGGAAUAGCCAACAUACUCCAAACAAUACUAAUCACUGUACAAAUAUUCCUCCAAAGUGAAGGAAUAUCGCAAAGUGAAUACGAAUCUCAUUCAACAAUAAUAUCAUAUAUUGAGGCAAUCAAGCAACAAAACAUUUUAAAUAAAUCACAUACUACUCGACCGGAAAUACAACUUGCAGAA